AUGUAUAACUGUGUAACUAUUCAAUUAGUAUUCGUAGAUAAAAGUUGGCUUGAUUGCCAGUUUCAUGCUGAUGGCAAAUCAAUAAAGAAGCUUGAUGAAAUUGAAAAUGAAAUGGAUGAACCAAAUGAUAUAAUCGAUAAAAAUAUUUUGGAUCGUAUUCAAGGUUCAAUGGAAGGAAUGGCUUUGGGUGAUGCUCUUGGUGCUCCCGUAAAAUGGCAAUCGCGUGAAUAUUUAGCUCAUCAUCCAGUAACUGAUCUCCAAUCAGGAGGAACUUCGAGCCUUAUGAAAGGACAGGUAUAA